AUUGCUUUCUUCUUCUUUCUGUCUGGCUCUGAAAAUCAUCGUGGUUAAAGGCAAAGAUCGGCUUAACAAGCACGCGUCGCCGUCGGUGUGAUUGAAGAGGACGAGAUUUCACUUCGAUACAACUGAAGUAAAGCCUAAAAAGGAGGUUUAAGAUCCCAACCCAGGUCCCUAAAAGCCCUCCUCUUUCACUCUUUUGCUGAAGAUCCCCACCAAGAUGUUCAAGAAGUUUUCAUCUGAAGAGGUUUCUGCACAAAACCAAGUCAAGGCAUCUGUGCAACGCAAGAUUCGGCAAAGCAUUGCUGAGGAGUACCCAGGGCUUGAGCCAGUGUUGGAUGAUCUACUUCCAAAGAAGGCCCCUUUGAUUGUUGCAAAAUGUCAAAAUCACUUAAAUCUGGUAUUGGUGAAUAAUGUUCCAUUAUUCUUCAAUAUUCGUGAUGGACCUUACAUGCCUACCCUACGUCUCCUCCAUCAAUAUCCAAACAUAAUGAAGAAGUUACAAGUGGACCGUGGUGCAAUAAAAUUUGUCCUUUCUGGUGCAAAUAUAAUGUGUCCUGGUCUUACUUCUCCAGGUGGUGCUUUGGAUGAUGAAGUGGAAGCUGAAACUCCUGUGGCAAUAAUGGCUGAGGGAAAGCAACAUGCUCUUGCUAUUGGCUUUACCAAGAUGUCGGCUAAGGACAUGUGAGUUCUAUCACUGUUUUUCAACAUUUUAGUUAGAAGUUUGAAACUAGAGCUGUGAAUCAGAUAGCCUUCUUCCCUAAGCCAUGUAUCUUGCUACUCAAUCACAGAUUUUUCUUCCCACAUAAUUUUUAUUAUUUUUCUAAACAUAAUGCUACUGCAGUUUGUGAGUGGCAUUUAGUUACUGUAGCUUUACAUUUAUUAAACCUGGCUUUAUUCUCUCUACUUCCCAAUCUGUAUGUGUAACAAGUUGAGUUAUCUUGGUUUACAGAAGAAAUAUUAACAAGGGAAUUGGUGUCGACAACAUGCAUUAUCUCAAUGAUGGCCUUUGGAAGAUGGAGCGACUAGAUUAAUCAUAUGGUUCAUGAAGGAGCGGUUGUGCAUCCAUGUAGAAGCUAAAAGAAACUUGAGGAAGAAGUAACAUCAUUUGGCUUCGACUUUGAACUUGAGUUUUUCCCAUUCUUGAAAUGCUGAAUUUCAUGAAUCAUUGCUUCAUUUCCAUGCAUGUAUACUGUAGAGAAAUCUUGCCCACUUUUCUCUGCAGAUGUUGGAAUUAUAAGCUGAAUUUUGUAAUGAAUGGGCUAAUCAGUUCGUAGACCUUUUAUGCAAUGUGUUUUCAGCAACUAAAAUGCGUUAUCUCACCAGUGAAUUGUUAUUAAUGAAAUACACUUUAAAUU